UCUCGGGUCUGGACGAAACUUUCACUGGAUUCUCUUUAACACACGCGUCGACAGCAGAUCCCGAGGACUUCACUACACUACAUCAUCCGCAGUGACAUUGCAAUGACAUCACUCCGGCUGUUGCUCCUUCUCCACUUCCUCCUUGUUCUACACAUUAACUUUUCCAACCAGUUGGAAGACAAUAAGAUUCCCCCCAGUCUUUGUACGGGACAUCCUGGUAUCCCAGGCUCUCCUGGGGUUCAUGGCAGUCCCGGUCAGCCGGGCAGAGAUGGGAGGGACGGGAGAGAUGCCGCUCCUGGGGAGAAGGGACAGAGAGGAGACAGUGGAUACCCAGGUGAGACGGGACUGCGGGGCCUGACUGGGGACCGAGGUGACCCAGGGGAGAAGGGUGAGCGGGGGCAGCCAGGAGAGUGUGCAGUCGCCCCCAAAUCAGCAUUCAGUGCCAAGAUUUCUGAGUCCCGCACCAUGCCCCUGGCAGCGGGUGAGGCAAUCUGCUUUGAUAAGAUCAUGAUCAAUGAACAGGGUGACUACAACCCAGAGACGGGACGCUUCACCUGCAAAGUCCCCGGGGUCUACUACUUUGCCGUCCACGCCACAGUCUACCGUGCCAGCCUGCAGUUUGACCUGAUGAAAAACGGCCAUGCCGUGGCAUCCUAUUUUCAGUUCUAUGGUAACUGGCCCAAACCGGCAUCUCUGUCGGGCGGCUCGCUGCUUCACCUCGUCCCUGGCGACCAGGUGUGGGUCCAGAUGGCUCUGGGAGAGUACAGUGGAUUUUACUCCAGCAGCAAGACAGACAGCACCUUCACCGGCUUCCUGGUGUACUCACACUGGAAAAACUCUGCUGUGUUUGCAUAAUGGACAAACAUAAUAGCAUCCAACUUUGGAAAAUCAGCUGCAGCCUGUCUUUAGCCUCAUUAUGGUUUUGAUCUAAAUGAGAAGUUUGCAUUCUGGGUAAAAACAAACGAAUAGGCUUUGAUGUGGCCCUGACAUCUGGAUUUGUUCAAUAAGAAAGAAACACACCCGACAAUGUUACUUGAAUGGCACAUACCGUACUGAUGAAGUGUGAACAGGUACACUUCCUGAGCACUCCAGUAAUGUUUAUUCAGUAGCUGUGCUGCAGUUAUAGCCAUUUGACUGCUGUGAGACUUUUUUUUUUUUUUUUUUUUAACAGAUGUUGUGACAAUGGCCCCUAGCCAACUGCAGGCUGAGACUUCAAAUGGCUUCUUAUGCUAUUAUCAAGUGUAUGCUUUGUUUCACACUGAUUGCUACACCACUAAUGUGUAAAAUUAAUGAUUCUUUAAUUUACACACAAAAAGAACUUGCUACUUUUUAACAGUGCAACAUAACUGACACAAUUUUUUGUCCUAAUUGCCCUUCAUACUGCAUAUAUUUUGCUCUUUUGUCAAACUGCUGUCACCAGUCAGAUCCACAACCAGCCCUCUGAAAGGAAGGCUUUGUUAGUUUCCCAUAACUUGCCUGCCUGUGGACACAUCUGUUUUAUUAAAGCAAUGUUCAUCGUUUUGACUGUCCCUCU